AUGCGGCAAGCAGCUUAUAUCGAGUUUUUCCUUCUUUCUCUCUCUUUCUCUCUCUCUCUCUCUCUCUUCUCUCUCUCUCUCUCUCUCUCUUAUUCUGAUGACACUUCUCUUUUCUUUUUCUUAAUCUAUCCACAUUUUCCCUUCCUUUCUCUUUCUUUAUAUUCAUUUUCAUUUCGCCAUCACCCAUCACCAAUUCCUUGCCACCGUUAUUAUUUCUUUUCCGUUUCGCUUCUUGUUUCUUCCGCUUCCUACCGUGCGGCCAAGUCGACUCCAACAUAUUCCUCUUCUCCUCGCUUUCCCUGUCACUUAAAUGGCAGGAGGCAGAAUGAAGUGUUCAUUUAUUUGUUUAUUUUUCCUGUGUUCGUUCAAAUUGUUUUUUUCUGCUUUUAUUCAGAGAGUUUUUUUUUCCAUUCUUUUUUUUUUCGUUUCAUUUAUUUGUUUCUUUUUUUUUUUCAAAUCUUUCCUGUUCUUCUUGUUCAUCUGUUGUCUCUUUUUUCUAUCUUCAUUCUUUUCUCAUCUCUCUUUUUCUUGCCUUUCUUUUCAUCUUUCUCUCUCUCUCUAACUCUCUCUCUCUCUCUCUCUCUCUCUCUAUCUAUCUAUCUAUCUAUCUAUCUAUCUCUUCUAAUUUCACGCGUUUUCUUUUUUCUUUUUCAACUUUUUCCUUUUUUUUAA